AUGGAGUUUGCCAUGGUGGGUGCAGAUGGCGGGUGCAAUAGUCACCUGCCUUACGGAUAUGCCCAAGCUCGAGCUCGAGAGAGGGAACGCGAGAGGGAGCGCCAGGCUGCUCACACCAGAGCGGCGGCUGCAGCGGCCGCGGCCGAAGGUGGAUCUGGCGCGGAGGGAGGAGGAGGUGGAGGUGGAGGAGGAGGAGGAGGAGGGGGAGGCGGUGGCAGCGGCGGUGGUGUUGGGGGAUCCACCUCCACCACCUCCUCGAGCGCUCAUCUCCUUAACAACCGCCAGCAUCAGUCUCGCGCCGCCUCCUCCACGAACGCCAACAUCAGCAGCGGUACCGCCUCGCGCCCCUCCUCCUCCUCCACCUCCUCCUCGCAGCCGCCACAGCACCAACAGGAGCCCGAGCAGCAGCAGAGAGUUCUCAGAGAGCGGAAAAAGCAGCGCGGCGUCGGACGGUGGAGACGCAACCGAACAACUCUCGGAGGAGACUUGCGCCACUCGGAGCUGGCGUUGCUCGGAUCCGAGGAGGACAUCAUGAUAGAGGAGGAAGAGGCCGAGGGAGCGGAAGAAGAGGAGGAGGCGGAGGGGGGCCGGGGAAGCAAAAGGUCGAGUUUUUUGUGCAACAUGGAUGAUGAAGAAGAGACUGUGUCGAUCACUGACAGGCGCCCUCAGUCCGGAUACGAAAACGUUUACAGUGAGUGCGGCUGCUGCGAGAGAGUUGUCAUCAACGUGUCGGGUCUGAAGUUUGAAACUCAGCUGAAGACUCUCACUCAGUUCCCGGACACUCUCCUGGGAGACCCCGACAAGCGAAUCAGGUACUUCGACCCGCUGAGGAAUGAAUACUUCUUUGACAGGAACCGACCAAGUUUUGACGCAAUUCUUUACUAUUAUCAGUCAGGGGGGCGGUUAAAAAGACCAGUAAACGUCCCGUUUGAUAUAUUCUCCGAGGAAGUGAAGUUUUAUGAACUCGGGGAGGAGGCGAUACUCAAAUUUCGAGAGGAUGAGGGUUUUGUUAAAGAGGAGGAAAAACCUCUGCCAGAGGACGAGUUCAAGCGCCAAAUCUGGCUUCUUUUUGAGUAUCCGGAAAGUUCGAGUCCUGCCAGAGGGAUAGCAGUCGUGUCCGUCCUGGUUAUAGUAAUUUCUAUUGUCAUUUUCUGCCUGGAGACGCUGCCGGAGUUCAGGGAUGAAAAAGAAUAUCUACAGCCACGACACAACUCAUCUCAGCCUGACCACGGAUUUACUCCUUUCAACGACCCGUUUUUCAUAGUGGAAACUGUCUGCAUCAUCUGGUUCUCUUUUGAGUUUAUAGUUCGCUUCUUUGCCAGUCCGAGUAAGACCGCUUUCUUUAAAAACAUUAUGAACUCAAUAGACAUUGUUUCCAUUUUGCCUUAUUUCAUAACUCUGGGCACGGACCUGGCGCAACACCAGGGCAACGGACAGCAGGCGAUGAGCUUUGCCAUUCUGAGAAUAAUCCGCCUUGUCAGGGUGUUUCGCAUCUUCAAACUGUCCAGGCACUCCAAGGGGCUGCAGAUCCUGGGUCAUACCCUGCGCGCCAGCAUGAGGGAGCUGGCCCUCCUCAUUUUCUUUCUGGUCAUAGGUGUCAUCCUGUUCUCCAGUGCGGUGUAUUUCGCCGAAGCGGACGAGCCCACCUCUCAGUUCACAAGCAUCCCAGAUGCAUUCUGGUGGGCCGUGGUUACCAUGACCACGGUGGGCUACGGUGACAUGAAGCCCAUCACUGUAGGUGGAAAGAUAGUGGGCUCCCUCUGCGCGAUCGCCGGCGUGUUAACCAUCGCGCUCCCGGUGCCAGUCAUAGUGUCCAACUUCAACUACUUUUACCACAGGGAGACCGAUAACGAGGACCAGUCGCCUGUGGUAGAGAGCAUGCCCCCUGGCUGCCCAUAUUUCCCCGACUUUUUAAGGAAAUUCAAAGGGUCACCCUCUGGCUCCUCGCUGGGUGAUAAAGCGGAGUAUAUGGAGAUGGAGGAGGGGGUGACGGAGUCUCUUUGCGGGGUGGACAAAAGCCCCAGUAAAGGAAAUGGAACAGACAUAAGCCGAAAAAACAGUACUAACUCAAAAUCCAUUCAGACUGACGUGUGAUUACAAGUAGUCCUGCCCCCUCCUCUAAGUAGAAAAACACUCCGUAAAGAUACUUUCUGCCCAACAGCAGGUGACUUCCCCCAGCACAAGUUUUACGCAAGCCUCAGAGCAGUCCCACACGGAUACACAAGCACACCCACGUCCACACUCACUGAGCACCAUUUGGCAAGUUAAGAUGUUAAAUAUUAAAAAUUCACUGCACACUGACGAAAUGUGAGGCGCAAUCUUGACUAUAUUUGCAGAUUAAUCUAUAAAUUUAACCUGUGCGGGCUUCCAAAUCCGUCAUGAAAUCUAAAUUUGAUCCAAGACAGGCUAUGCAUUCGCACUUUAUAAGUUUCAUCUGUCACAUUUGAGGGGUAGGUCCAUGGAUGUUCGUUUUGCUGUUAUGCAAUAAAGUUAAAAUUUGUUUGCACUAAUGUAGAAUUUGCGCUGGGUUUGGCAGAUUUCUAUUUAGAGACAGAAACUGUAGGCCAUGCAAAUGGCAAUAAUUCAGUCAUCCUUUGCUUUCGUAGACAAGGAACAUUUUACUUAAAUUCUUAAAGGAGAGCAAAAUAAGCAUAUUAAUAACCCCUUUCAUUUGCUGCCAGUAAAAACUGGACGAAAAGCUGGAAUGAUAAAAGACUUGUAAAUGUUCCAACACUUUACAUGAAAAAACAAAACAAUCGAAAAAAAAAAAUCCAGCAUUUAAAAGGCUUCAAACAAACCAGGGCUACAAUGACAUCUACACAAAUAAGCUUUUUCACAAGUGGCCACAAAAUAUGUUUAAAAAAGGAAAAAAAGGGAGAAAAAAAGUCUCGUGGUGUUGACCCAUCAUGAGAGCUAAGCACAGCAGUUUAAAAUGGCUGGAGAAAUGACUCGCCCCAGAUUAUGAAUGGACAUUCUUGGAGCCUUGGCGACAUUUUUUUUUCCAGUUUCAUUUAAGACACCUCAAAAUGACAAUAUCCCUUUACACACGGACGGAGAUGGAAAGUUAAAGCAAAAAUGACUGUCUUGAAAACCCAUUGGAGGCGAGUUUACGAGCAUUUUUCCUCCUGUCCGCUGGACUCUGCACAAUUUUUUUUUUUCUCAAGAGGACUAUGAUAAUCUCGAAGCUCAGAGGAUCACCGGGAUGUGGAUGUCUUCCAAGCGCUGCCAGUUACAGGGAGAGGGAUUGUCCCCCUGCAUCUCUGGAAAUUGCAGAAAACAAGCAAAACAUUGUGACCGGUCAACUUGAGCAUGAGCGGACACUGAAAAGCAACAACUGGAUGGGACUUUGAACACAUUUGGACAAGAGGAGAUGAAAGCUGCUGUACUGUGUCAGUAAACAAACCCUCUGGGGUUGAGACCGGAGUUGGUUAAAGAGUAAGUGGUGGCCCAAAAUGAUUGCCUUAAUUACUACACAUAUAUAGAUGUAUGAAGUGACGAAACUAAGAGACUUAUAAGAGUUUAAAGAUGUUUUUCUUUACAUGUGAAAAAAAAGUGUCUUGUAAGGAACAGAUGUGAAUAUUUUAAUAUGAUAGAGAUAAUGUUUGCUUGUAAUGUCGACAUAAUGUUUUAGUUGGGUCGGCUUUGUAGGUGUCAUUGGUUACUAAAUGGUGAGGUUGCUCUCUGCUUAUAUGCAGCCAGCACUACAAUUUAAACUAUUUUUAUCUUGUUUCAUAUUGUCAACCUAACAAGGCUGGCCUGAGUUGCUUCAGUCAAAUUGCUGGCAACAAAGUCUUGAUUCACAUUCAUAACACAUGAAAAUCCUCAUUCAGCAGGUGUUUAGAGGGUUGGAAGAGAAAUACGAGACAUAAAUUGACUGGCUCAAUGCAACACACUGAAGUACAUCAGAAAAGUAUCCUCUUACAUUAAGAUUCACUUACACUUAAGCAAAGAUGUCAGGCACAUAAACACCCAUCAUAAAUAUCUGCCACAUUCAUUUUCUAUCACAGAGAAAUGGCAGAUAAAACUCGGCGGGCUUUGCCGCCCGGGAAUUAUCAACAUCAAGAUGAAAUACUGUAGGUUUUUUUCUCAGAUGCAAAUUUAGAGCUGACCAGCUGCUUUGUUGAUAUGUUUUCACUCUGAAUUUAAAUGUAUGCAAAAGUAACAUGGACGUGUGUUCUAUAUUUUUUUAAACCUAGCCUUGAUAAUUACAUAACCAAAGGUGAAACCCUGAAUUUAUUGUAUGUUGUGGACUUCUGGAAAAUGUUGUGAUAUAGAUGCACACUAAAUAGGAAAAAAAAAUUGUAAAUAUCAGACGUUUAUACUUGUGUGUCCGAAGAUGUGUUGCAGGUAAAGUAAUUUGAGACUUUUUACUUUCUUUGACUGUUAUGACCAUCAAGCAUAACAAUUUGUGUUUGGUUUGUCCUCUCUGAUACAAUCAUGUUCCUCGUAUUGUUGCGAAUGCUGCUCCACGAUUCUCCACUUUAAUGUUUUUAAAAGUUUUCUUUCAGUUUUCAGUUUGUUUCCCAUAUUCCCCAUUAAAAGUACACAUAUUGAUUUAUAUUGCACAGUGAGAUAUGAAGCUGCUGUUGUUGUUCGCACAGCUUUGUCAGAGAAGAAUUGGAUUUUGUUAUGUUACUUUUAACCUGCGAUGUUGCCUGUGAAUGAAAUGAUUAGAAAUGUCCACUGAUAUACCAGUAGUAGUAGGUUAUAUUUCAUAUUUUUAUGAAAAUAGUGUUUUAUUUUCCUACAUUUUAAUUUAAAAAUAUCCUUUACAUACUGUGUUAGUUAUAAUGACUCUUGAAAGCUUGAAUUUAGAAUUUUAAUUAUGUCCUAGAGAAAAUCCAAAGUUCACAUUCAUGUUCUUUCUGACAAUUUGUUUCUGUAAUUACCUCAUAAAUGGUAUCCUUUCAGAAAAGAUGUUUACUGAAUGUUCCAUAUUUUCCCCAAAUGCUGAAAUACUUGUAACUGAGAAAUGCAAUUAGCCAAUAGUUGGAGAAAUUAUUUUAGGGUAGAUGUUUUCAUUGAGACGCUGUAAACAUAAAUUUGAAAUUUCAAGUUUUAUCAAAACCACUGUCAUACACCUGUUUAGGGUUUAACAAAUCUACAAAAUGUAAAACCUUAAAACCUUUUAUAUCAAUCAAAGUAAGACAUGAAAGACCUAAUCCAAAGAAAACUGGACAUGAAAGCAGUGUGAGACAGUGAUUUAUAUCAUAAAGCUGUUGCCAGCUGAAACAAACGUGACCUUUUUAAACAAAGUUACAAUUAAGUACAACUUCAGGGAUACAAAAAUGAUGAAGGGAAAGCAAAAUGAUUAAAAAAAAUUAAUUUUGCAAUAAUUCAUGAGGACAUGGAGCAUAAAGAAGCUAUUAUGCUUAACAUAAUAUUAUUCUAACCUUAUCAGCUUGAUAGUUCUGAAAUGCUAGACAUACUCAGACACAUAACCCCAGCACUUCCUGUAAUUACGCUUCUGAUUGUGUACAGAUUGUAAAAAUAAGACCCAACAUAACUGGUGAGCUUAAAAGGCGCUGGUAGGCAGAUCUGGUUGCUCUAAGCAAAGCCAGUCCAGGCCAACUGUUUCAUUUCAGAUCUUAAAGCUUAGCUAACCUGUUUUCAAGUGGAUUAACAACAUAUUUGCCAAACAGACAUGCAGGUAUGGACCCAACUCCUGACAAAAAUUAGAACAAGAAUAUCCCCUGUUAUGCUGAACUACUCCUCCCAGAUGAAAAUAUAACCACUGUGUAGAAAUAUAUUUUCCAAAGUGAUUUUGUAACACUGAUCUUGUCAGAUUACGAGCUUCAAGCACAAGCAGUUCCACACCCACAGGGGCUCCUUCAGCGGAAGCAUCAUCUGCUCUGGUUUAGGGACUGUCAGAGGCAUGGCCCAGGGAUUUUAAUCUGAACAUUAGCUCGCAGGGUGUUUAUAGAUCUGACUACAGAACUAUCACACCGACAACAGUGUCUGGAAGCUGCCUACUGAUAUAUUUAUGAAGGACAAAUCGAUCAGCUACAGCUUGGUGUGACCACAGAAGACACAGAGCCAAUGAGUAAUGGGCCCACAUGUUGGUAGAUGCAACAAGUUUGGGAUCGGUUUGAGAAUUGAUCCUUCAGGUCUCGAGGUAUCCAAUCAGGCAGAACAAAUAAUCUGUGCAGCCUCUAUCCAAUUUUCUCUAUCUACGAAUUAAGAACUAUUAUUUGGUCAGAAGCGCAGCUGCACUGAUUUCAGCCUCACUUACGUCUGCUUUAAUCAGGAGAUCAGUAGUAACGUAAAGUGAUAGGCCAUUUACUACUGUCAUGUAGAUAAAAGAGGAUAGCAAAAGCUGAUGAGCAAAUACUGAAGCAGACUCAUUCUGUAGGUGGAAAAAUAACUGUGAGCUGAACACAUGCAUUAAAUAUAAAGAGAGAAUUAAGUGAAUUUAUCUUUGUAAUAUUCAUUCAUGUUAUAUAAAAAAUAUUCUAAAGACAAAUCAACAUUAGAUUUUCUGUGUAUCAGUGCUGCUAGAUAUUCCUGUGAAUAAAAAAACAAAUUACAGACUUUUUUGAGGAUGAGAGGUGAAUAGUUUUUCUGUAGAGGGACAUCAGAUAGCAACCCAUCAAAUCUAAAAUUAGACAUUGGCUCAUUCAAAAGAAAAUUCUUGCUGGGUACUGGUUUUAUAUUGGCAAGGCAGAAACUGAUUUUCCGUUAAAGAACACAGACUUUUGAGGACUAAAGAUGUCUGAGACUCCUCCAGGGCUCCAAACAAUGUGAUUGAGAAUGCCUCUAGAAAUCAAUAAGAAGGAUUUCCCCUAGGAAAAAAAGAAAGUUCUACUCCCAUGUAAACUGACGGCCCAGUAUUAAGAGUUAAGGAUGCACUAAGUGUCAGACUACUUAAUGUGUUAUUGGAUUAAAGGACACAAAAACAUCCCAAUUAUUAGUUUCCAUUUAUAAAACUGUAAUUAUGAAGUCACCUUUGUAUGUUUGACCUCAAAUAUUUAUUUGGAUAUCCUGAAUAUAAAGCAUCUAUAACAAGUUACAAUGAUUAAAAAAAGUAUCUCAAAUUAAUCUAAAAUCAGAAAAUACUAAAUUUUCAAAAGCUGCAGAAAUAAAAGUACUAAGCAAAAAGAAAAAAAACAAACUUAUUCAGUUAUAUAAAAAGAGGCCAAAUUGUAAAGCUGAAUUGCCUUUGUCCCAUAAUAUCUUAAACUAUUCUAUUAUUAUUGUGUGUGGUUUAUGUUUCCAAGACUUUUGGAGCAACUUUGGAGCAAGAAAAAAAAACAACCUGACUGAGCGGCAUACCUUCAUAUUGUACCCAGGCUGCAUACACACUCCCGUACAACUUAGGUUUGAUACUAUGUGCAUCAGACACAACUGUACAUAACUGAAACUACUGCAUUAGUCUGAGGAUAAAAGCUGGUGUUUGCUGUAACAGCCUCAGUGUUAGAUAACACCAGAGAACCGUUUUAUGUCUUAAUCUCCUUAUGAGCACGGGGCUGCAUGAGGAGUGCUGCAAAACUGUUGAGUGGUGACGCACUUCUUAUUUGUUGUGAGGCACUCGUGCAGGAUAUUACGUGACUGACUGGAUUUCAGGUUGUUUUCCACCAUCUGCAUCCUGCAGAAAAGUAUUAGUGUUCAUUGCUGCAAAUAGAAAUGAUUGCAAUGUCCGUGAAACAAGCUGAAUUUAUAUUUAUUAAAGGCCUGGAUUUUAUACAAUCACUGCAACAUUAAAAUAGUUGAGCUUAUAGCAGGAUCACCAUAGCACUUGAUCUGAAUCAGGCUAUUUAAAGUUGUACUGAGUAUGAAACAUCUUCUUUUAAAUAUCAUGAUGUUGAAUAGCAUUAAUGUUUAAGCAUCAAUCAAAUAUUUUGUAAUGUCUCUGGAUUAUUGUGUAUCAGAGCAGAAAGUUUCUGUUAUGCAAGAUCAAGAAGAUGACUUGUGUCAUCAAGUGUUAAAUGUAGGUUCUCCACUUAUGUAAUGACCCCAGAGUUGGCACAGUGUAGUGUUGGGAGUGGCUUGAAAACAAAA